AGCGGAACUGAGUUAUGGCGUGAUUAGCGUGGAGAAGGCAACGACAAUUCUUAUUUCUUCCUUUCGCAGCCUAACCUUUGACACUCUGACUUCCAAAAACGCGCCUAAUUCUUCUUCGAUGACGUUUUGAUUUAUGACACACAAACCCCAAUUCGAUUCCACUUUCUUCCUUCUAUUAACCCCAUAAAAGUCUUUCAUCAUUCCUCUAGUUUUCCAUCGGUCGGUCGUCUCCCUUUCUCUCGUUUCACAGCAAACCAGAAAAUGAAGAGCCGUGGCACUAGAAAGAUUUCUGUUAUAUGGGUUCCUUUCUUUUGUCUCUCCUUCUUCUUUUUCGGUAUGCUCAUCACAAACAGGAUAUGGUCGGUGUCUGAAUCCAAUGGCCAGAUCAUUUCCCGUCGUCGACACGAACAGGAACUUCAAAUUGUCUCUGAAGAUAACUCAAUUAAGAUCCCAGCGGAAAAAAAGGAUGUGAUGACAGAAGUCUAUAGAACUCACGAGGCAAUCCAAUCUUUAGACAAGAAAAUUACAAUGCUUAACAUGGAUUUAGUGGAGGCUAGAAAUUCUCGGGAGAUGCAAUCCUCUGAUAGCCACACCCCCUCUAUUGAAUCCUCUGGUAACGGCAACCUUCCGAAGAAGAAAAUGUUAAUGGUGAUUGGGAUAAAUACAGCUUUUAGUAGCAGAAGACGUCGAGAUUCGGUCCGAGAGACAUGGAUGCCUCGAGGGGAAAAGCUGUUCCAGUUGGAGCGAGAGAAGGGGAUUGUUGUCCGGUUUAUGAUUGGCCAUAGUGCAACUUCCAACAGCAUCUUAGAUCGUGCAAUUGAUUCAGAAGAUGCCCUACAUAAAGAUUUCCUUAGGCUGGAGCAUAUUGAAGGGUAUCAUGAAUUGUCUGCAAAAACAAAAUCCUUCUUUUCCACUGCCGUUGCUAAAUGGGAUGCUGACUUCUAUGUCAAGAUAGAUGAUGAUGUCCAUGUAAAUUUAGGGAUGCUAGCUACUACUCUUGCUCAUCACCGUUCGAAGCCCAGAGUCUAUAUUGGGUGCAUGAAAUCUGGACCUGUUCUUUCUUCUAAGAGUGUCAAAUACCAUGAGCCUGAAUACUGGAAAUUUGGAGAGGAGGGAAAUAAGUAUUUCAGACAUGCAACUGGGCAGAUUUACGCAAUCUCAAAGGAACUAGCCACCUACAUUGCGGUCAAUCAGCCAAUUUUGCACAAAUAUGCCAAUGAAGACGUGUCCCUUGGUGCUUGGUUAAUAGGCCUUGAAGUCGAGCAUAUUGAUGAUCGCAAUAUGUGCUGUGGGACGCCACCAGAUUGUGAGUGGAAGGCACAAGCAGGAAAUGUCUGUGUUGCAUCAUUUGACUGGAGUUGCAGUGGAAUAUGCAAAUCUGUGGAGAGGAUCAAGAAUGUCCAUGAAAAGUGUGGUGAAGGGAAUGGAGCUGUCUGGAGUGCCUUAAUCUAGUUAAAGCUUCUCUUAGUCUACUUGGGUUUUUGACAUUAUUCACCUGUGAUCAGACAAAGCUGGAGGUUGGGAGUUGAACUGGAGAUAAAACAUUAUCAAAACACUGCAAGUAGAACCCUGAAAGAAGCAACGAUGAAUGGAUUUGUAAGAUUGCGAGGAAAAUAUUCACAUAUUCAGAAGAAAGAAAAAAGAAAAAAAAAAGUUUCUUCCACAAAGCUUCCAAUUUUGUUCGUGUUUGUUAAAUUCAUUGAUACCUCUGUUCCUUUCUCAGUCUUUCCUUUUGAUUAUAGAAUUUAUGUAUUAUAGCCAGUGUAUUAUGUAUUUUAGGCUUCAUUUGUAUUCCCCUUACAAGGCCGAGUUCCCAUUCAAUGUGUCAGAUUAUGUUUAUGUAACAUUUCUUUGUAUAGUGAAAAUAAAUAGAAUGAACUUGUUUGUUUCA